AUGCCGUUGGCGCGGGUCUUUCUGUUCUUCGUCUCGUCCCCUACGUCCCGCUGCGUCGUAGCGGUGUCGAUGGUGGAUGAAGUGGCAGGAGAAAGCACGGUCAUCGUCGACGCCAUCGGAGAACUCUUGACAGAUGCCUUGCAACUGAGCGACGAGGACGUCACUUUGAGCUCGGCCGCGGCUUCCAAAGUUCAUCGUAGAGGUUCGCGGCACCGGGGGCGAGACGCACCGCGGCACGCGGCUUCGGGGGCGAUUGCUUUACGGAAGCAGAGUCAUGAUCAGCAACCCGCAGAGCUCCUGGAGCUGGAUGAGAAGAUGGUAGAUGAGAAGAAGGAGGCCUCAGAUGUCCCACGAACGAAAAUGAUGCGAUCAGAGCAUGCCCAGAAACACAGGUGA